AACCGUUCCACUAUAGAACCCGUACUCUGGGACAGCGAUUGCUCCGUCGCAUCCCGUCUUCCGUCUUCUGUCUUCUGUGAUAUUCGAUUCCUUUCAUAUGGAUCGAGGAACAGUGAUCGAGUUUCUGGGGCAAGUCCCUCUAUUGCAGCGCCUCCCUAGUUCUUCCCUCCGCAGAAUCGCAGAGGUCGUCCAAGUCAAGCGUUAUGAACCUGGUGAGUAUGUUGUCCGUGAAGGAGAACCUGGAUUGGGCCUUUACUUCAUCUGGGAGGGUCAGGCUGAGGUUUCUGGAUCUGAUACUUCUGAGAAAGAAAAUCGUUCUGAGCUUCAAUUGAAACAGUAUGAUUAUUUUGGCUAUGGUACUGGUGGUUCCACUCAUCAAGCAAAUGUGGUUGCAUUGUCCAAGCUGAUCUGCUUGGUGCUGCCAGAUGGAUAUAAUAAUCUAUUGCAGCCAAAGUCAAUUUGGAAUGCGGAGGGAAUUCCUGAGGAUUUCUCACUUGUAGAGCACAUAUUGCAUCUAGAGCCAUUAGAUGUUGACAUAUUUAGAGGUUUUACCUUGCCAGAUGCUCCAUCUUUUGGACAAGUUUUUGGAGGACAGUUAAUUGGACAGGCACUAGCGGCAGCUUCUAAGACAGUGGAUUGUCUUAAACUUGCACAUAGUCUGCAUGUAAACUUUAUUGUGGCUGGUGAUGUGCACUCACCAAUAAUAUAUCAAGUUCAUCGUGCACGUGAUGGGAAAAGCUUUGCUACUAGACGAGUUGAUGCAAGACAACAUGGGAUUGUCAUGUUUACUUUGCUUUGUUCAUUUCAGAAGGAAGAAGCAGGCUUUGAACAUCAGGAAGUUCUGAUGCCAAAUGUGCCUGGUCCAGAGAUGCUUCUCUCAAUGGAAGAGUUACGAGAAAGGCGAAUUACAGAUCCUCGUCUUCCCAUACACUACCGAAACACUGUUGCUAGAAGAAAAUUUGUUCCAUGGCCCAUAGAGAUAAAGUUUUGUGAAGCGGGUGACUCUGCUAACCAAUCUCAACCGAGAAUGAAGUAUUGGUUUAAAGCAAGAGGAAAUCUUUCGGAUGACCCAGCUUUGCAUAGAUGUGUUGUAGCAUAUGCAUCAGAUAUUGUGUUUUCUGGUGUCAGUCUAAAUCCUCACCGGAGAAAAGGACUGAGGGCAGCAUCACUAAGUCUGGACCAUUCAGUUUGGUUCCACAGGCCUGUAAGAGCUGAUGAUUGGUUGCUAUAUGUUAUUGAGAGCCCGUACGCCAGUGGAGGCCGUGGGUUUGUUACUGGUCAGAUGUUUAACAGGAAGGGAGAGCUUAUUGUGUCAUUGACCCAAGAGUGUCUAAUUCGAAAGCAUAUUCCGCAAAACCAAAAUCCGAAAGCAAAGCUCUAAAUGCCAUCUCAGAGUUAAUUAUUGAUUGAGGAAGGUGAUUAUUGUUGUUUGUUUCCUGUACAUUAUCAGCUCGCUACUCUCCUUCACAACGAUGAUUAUUCUACGAAAAUAAGUUCAGUCGAGCAGAUAAACACCCGUUUGGCUGUCUAUUUUUCUGUACUCAGGACUGGAAAUAAGCUCUAUAAUUUGUGGUGUAAUGUAUUUAAAUGAAUCAAUUAUUUAACCUCAUUUGUGGUGUA